AUGGCUUGGAGCCUACUCUGUUCACUCGCCGGUACGGGUGUGCACGCCACAGUUGACGAGGCUCGGUUGCGCAGUGUUCGGCCCUCUACUUACAGUUACAACAAUGGAUCCUCGAGAGUAUUGUCGGCUCUGUGCAUGCUGGCCAGAGAUGACCACGGCCACACGCUUAUCCAGCGGCUCCACCGCAAGCUGGACGAUGUUUGCGAGCGGGGAUUUGACCUCGUUUUCCAGUGGGUGCCUUCCCACGUUGGCCUGCCCGGGAACGACCGGCUCGCAAGGGAGGCCCCCACCUCGCCAGUGCCCCUGUCGCUCGUGGUGACGCCCUUCGACUUCGCCCGCCACUCCAUGGCUGGCUACCUUCCGGACACGGCACCCCGACCCGCGCGUCGCUGGCGGCAAUCCCCCGAAGCUGCUGCCGCGCAGGGGCUUGAGCCGUCAAGAUCGAGUUCUGCUCCUGCGCUUCCGCAUCGGCUGCUGCCGGACGGCGGAGAGGAUACACCGACUCUCGGAGAUCAAGCGCAGAAGAAAGAAGAAGAAGGGGAGAUUCUCGAUGACCCACGCAAGUUAAAGCCAGGCGAGAUUGAUCCCAAUCCAGAGACAAAGCCCGCCCGUCCGGAUCCAAAGGACAUGGAUGAAGAUGAGCUGGAAAUGCUGUCUGAGGCCCGAGCCCGACUGGCCAACACCCAGGGCAAGAAGGCCAAGCGCAAGGCCCGCGAGAAGCAGCUGGAAGAAGCGAGGCGCCUGGCAGCCCUGCAGAAGCGGCGGGAGCUGCGCAUGGCAGGCAUCACGCUGCCCCCACGACGACGCAAGCGCCAUGCCAUCGACUACAACAGGGAGAUCCCGUUUGAGAAGCGCCCUGCCCCGGGGCUGCACGACACCUCCGAGGAAGUGUACGACCCAGCUGAGACCGACUUCCGGCGCUUGCGGCAGCAGCACCUCGAUGGGGAACUGCGCAGUGAGAAGGAAGAGCGGGAGCGCCGCAAGGAUAAGCAGAAGCUGAAGCAGCGCAAGGAGAACGACCUGCCCCCAUCACUUUUGUCCGCGGAACCCGUGCGCAAGCGCAGCAAGCUCGUGCUGCCAGAGCCGCAGAUCUCGGAGCAGGAACUCGAGCAAGUGGUCAAGCUGGGCCGCGCUAGUGAGACUGCCCGUGAGGCAGCCCAGGAAGCAGGGCAUCAGGCGUCGGACACUCUGCUAGCCGACUACAGCCUCACGCCUGGUGCAGCUGCUGCCACUGGGGCACUGCGGACGCCUAGGGCGCCUGCACUCAGCCGUGACACCAUACUGCAGGAGGCGCAGAACAUCAUGGCCCUGACCAAUGUGGACACUCCUCUAAAGGGUGGCCUCAACACGCCCUUGCACGAGACUGAGCUUAGCGGAGCCACAACACCAAAGAAGGGGAGUGCAGCACAAACGCCCAACAGCCUUAUUGUCACCCCGUUUCGGACACCUAGCAGUGGAACCACGGAGGGAAUGACGCCACGAGGUGCCAGGACACCGGGAACCAUGACUGUUUCCACGUCACAGACCAGUGCAACACCACUGAGAGACAAGCUGAACAUCAAUCCAGAAGAUCACCUUGAUUUUGACUCCAGUCAGUCAGCAAAGCACUUCCAGAAACAAACAAAGCAACAGCUGCUGAAAGCGCUGUCAUCGUUGCCGACUCCAAAGAACGACUACGAAAUAGUGGUGCCCGAGGAGGACCCCAGUGCCCAGGAGCCUUCUGCACCAGACAUAUUUGUCGAGGACCAGGCGGACAGGGAUGCUGCCAAGGAGCAGCAAAGGCUGGAAAAGUUGGAAGCAGAGCGGAAGCUGCAGUCUCAGGCGGUGCAGCGCAGCCUUCCCCGGCCACUGGAUGUAAAUGCGUCAGUGCUCCGGCCUGCCCACACAGAGCCUCCACUUACGGACUUGCAGAAGGCUGAGGAGCUCAUCAAGCAGGAGAUGCUGGUGAUGCAGCACUACGAUGCCUUGCACAAUCCAACCGAGGCCCAGCAGUCUGGCCGCAAAGGAAGUGCUAAUGUCACAGAUGAGGCCGCACAUCUGGCCUACCUUGAACGCCACCCAUACCACAAGUACAACCAGGAGGAACUUGCUCUGGCUCACGAGGUCCUUCAGGCUGAGAUGGACGUGGUGAAGAAGGGCAUGGGCCACGGGGAUCUCAGCUUAGAAGCCUACUGCCAGGUGUGGGACGAGUGCCUCGCUCAGGUGCUAUUCCUGCCUGCCCAAAACCGGUACACACGUGCCAACCUUGCCUCCAAGAAGGACCGCAUUGAAUCACUGGACAAACGCCUUGAGCAAAACCGAGGUCACAUGACAAGAGAAGCCAAGAAAGCAGCCAAGGUUGAAAAGAAGCUUCGAGUACUGCUGGGAGGCUAUCAGGUGUGACACUCAUAGCUUCCUUUUGCAUGUGCACAUUCAACAUAUGAUGCAGCAGUUUGUUCAAAC